AUGAGUCCAUAUUUCAAGARUAAGAAUAUUUUGUUACUACUGGUCUUAGCAGUAGUAGCGCAAUGCAKCCCARUCGAAGAAGAUCCCAACUACCAMGUAGAAUCUGACCCUGAAGAAAAACCAGAGAAAGUGGAAAUAAAAGCMGAACCUUCCGCUUCCUCAAGAGGAGCCCUUGGUCAAGGAUUUCAAAUCGCUAAAGAAGAUUUACUAACCAAGCAAUUCAAAGCAACGGGAGCAAAAAUCUUCGAGGACCUUCCAAUCGAAGAAUGUACGAAAAGUGAUAAACUUGGUGCUAUCCAAAAGGAUGACUCAUUCUAUAGYAGUACAGAGUCCAUUUACCAAUCAGUUUCUACCAACACUAAGGUCAGUGGGAGCCURAAAGGUGCAUACACUCUUGGUGCAUCCGUAGAAGCCGUCACAAACAACGUUGCUUCAGGAGAAACCAACAUUCAAGGCAYGUCACUGAAUCUCAAAGCUUAUGGCUUGUCAUCUGCCCUCAWGAAGGACUGCAUUAUUAAUAAACCCUUGGUUAAAGAUCUCGUAAAAGACUUCAAAGCUCUCCCAAAGAAGGUGGAGCAGCCAUGGAAGCUUACGUCCUGGAGAAAAUACAGCGCAUUUCUGGAAAAGUAUGGAUCCCACUUUGUCAAAGAGUCAAUCUCAGGCUCCAGUAUCUAUCAAUAUGUCUUUGCCAAGUCUGACAAGAAGUUCACCCAGAAAGAUUUCACUGUUAAGGCUUGCCUGUCAUUAGCUGGUCCAACACAAGCAGGAAAAGCAGAGGUUUCCGCUUGUUCAGGAGUGACCAAGAAGGACAUCGAGAAAUCCUCAUCACAAUCAAUGACAAAGAAGUUAGUCGUCCGAGGCGGUAAAUCUGAGACACGAUCAGAUUUGUCGGGUGAGCUUACAGCAGAGCAAAUCAACAAGUUUAUGAAGGAAGCCGAAACCGACCCAUCACCUAUUCAAUAUCACUUUCAUCCGAUGUGGACUCUUCUGAAAACAAGGUAUAUAGAAGAAAAGGAACACUACCCCAAAGCAGUUAAUCUGGAGCAGUUCUACAAAGGCUUCCUCCAUUUUGGUUGUUCCCACAAACAAACCAACAACGGUAAAGAACUGCAGAAAUUCGACCUUGCUGAAGACAGCGACCCAGAUUCCCCAACGUAUGUAUGCAAAGCUGCGCCAGAAGGAUGCAAGGUUGACGAUGACUGCCAUUAUGAGGAUGCGUUUUGGUGCUCAUGCUCCGGUGAAUCUUGYGUACRGUACAACGACAAAAARCUCGCCUCUGGAACCACCAAGACAGAGGUGUCUGYCUACAAAGGCAGUGGAUGGGGCUGGCAAGGAUGCAAGUAUWGGUUUGCUAAAGGYUGUUAUUGUUCAGAGCCGAGGAAGUACUGGAAAACAACUUGGCGUGGAGAAGAUCUCGAUAACGCACUAAGAGAUACAAGGGCAGAAUUGUCGGGUGAGCUUACAGCAGAUCAAAUCAAAAAGUUUUUAAAUGAAGCAGAAACCAACCCAUCACCUAUACAAUACUACUUUCAUCCGAUUUGGGACCUUCUCAAAGUCAGGAAUAUUGACAACGAGCACUACGCUAAAGCAGCUAAUUUGGAGCAGUUUUACAAAGGCUUUCUCCAUUUUGGUUGCUCUCACGAAAAAACCAUCAACGGCAAGGAAAUCCAGAAAUUUGAACUUGCUGAAGACAGUGACCCAGAGUCUCCAACGUAUGUGUGCAGUAUUGGUCCAGAAGGAUGUCAUGUUGACGAUGACUGCCAUUAUAAAGAUGCCUUCUGGUGCGCAUGCUAUGGUGAUUCUUGUUUACGGUACAAAGACACUCAACUCAAGGCUGGAGGGAUCAAGAAAGAGGCUUAUGCUUACAAAGCAAGCACUAGAUGGGGCUGGCAAGGAUGCAAGUAUUGGUUUGCCAAAGGCUGUUAUUGUUCAGAGCCGAGGAAGUACUGGAUGUCAGCCUGGCGAGGAGAUGACCUUGAUAACGCACUGAGAGAUGUCCACUCGAUGUUGUUGGAGAAGAAACGCCGUGACCAAGCCAAACGUCAUCGCUUGCAUUGCUAAGCUUAAUCUAUAUCAUUGGUGAUUAAAAGUCAAUGUAAAGUAAAGGAAUUCAAUUAACUGCGAUAAAGUUUGAUAUCAAUACAAAAAAUCAAAAAUCACUUAAAAAAAUUAAUUCCGUCUGAGAGGAAGAAAAACAAUCACUUAUUUCUUCAGUAGAGAAUAACAGAACCGUUUCAAUCUUUGCUGAUUAUUGCAUGAUAAGAACAUGUAUUCUCCUGGCAUAAGAAGUAAAAUCAAUAAACCGGAUUUUWUUUUCAA